ACGAUGAUCUCCAAUCUUCCAAGCGUUUUGAUAGAGGAGAUCUUCUGUAGGGUUCCUUUGAAAUCUUUGAGAGCAGUGAGACUUGCUUGCAAAAGUUGGAACACUCUAUCCAAAAGUAGGAGCUUUAGGAAGUUGUACAUUGGUAAAAAAGAAACAAGAGAAGAGGAGCCUACGAUGAUCGCGAUGAUGAAUUUCGAUGUUCAUUUAAUGAGGUUAGUCGUCGACGACGUUAAUCCAUCUAUAAAGUUUAAACGUAAACCUAGUCGUCUCUUUGACGAACAAGUCAAGAUAUCUCAAGUCUUUCACUGUGAGGGUUUAUUGUUAUGCAUCUUCAAAGACGACGAUAGUAAGUUUGUGGUUUGGAAUCCGUAUAGCGGGAAAACAAGGUGGAUCGAACCAAGAUACUCUCAUCGUCCAAAGGGAUGGGACAGGUUCAGUUAUGCUCUUGGAUACGAGAAUAAGAAAUUUUGUUCUGGAGUUAAAUUCUUGAGGUUUAUAGAUUAUUUCAGCAAAGCACCCGAAAACCAAUUUUUUUGGUAUGAGAUAUACGAUUUUGACUCUGAUUCAUGGACAAGUCUUGAUGUCACUCCAAAUUGGUGCAUAAUGUUUGGUUCCCUUGGUGUCAAUUUCAAAGGAAACACUUAUUGGUGUGCUACAAAGAGGAAUUUAUAUAAUGAUAGUGAUCUUGUCGAUCACAUAAUCUGUUUCGAUUUUACAAGAGAGAGAUUUGGACCGCUUUUAGCUCUACCACCUAGCGUUUGGGAUCAUGAAUAUGAAUAUGUGACCUUAUCUUGUGUUAGGGAAGAGAAGCUUGCAGCUUUGUUUCAGCACUACGAAACAGAAUGGAAUGAGUUUGAGAUAUGGAUUACGACUAAGAUUGAUGUCGAAAUGGUGUCGUGGAGCAAGUUCUUGAGAAUGGAGACGGGGACUAGGCUACAUGAUCUCCCACAUAUAUAUGAAGGUUUCUUCAUCGACGAGGAGAAGAAACUCGCCAUGGGUUUUGAAGAUGAGUAUGAUCGCAGAACAUUUAUCAUCAUUGGAGAGGCUGGAUACGUACGAAAAUUUGAUAUCGGAGUAGAUGUAGACAGAGAAUGUUGGCCACAUGGGUGCGGCUCUUACGUGCCAAGUUUGGUCCGAAUCAAGAAACCUGCACGAGGCAAGAGGAAAAGACAAAGCAGUUUAGAAAAGCGUCGGUUUGAUCAAAACAAGUCGAGACUUGAAGCAUUUGAAAAGUUAGGAGUCUAG